AUGGUUAAACCCAUUGACAAGGCCAUUCAAUUUGCAGACAAAUUUCCUGGUACCAUCCUUGAUAAAAAUCAGCUUCAGAGGUUCCUAGGAUCUUUAAAUUAUGUUGCUGAAUUUUAUCAAAAUCUUAGAAAACAUUGUAAACCAUCGUAUGAUCAUCUUAAAAGCAACCCUCCACCUUGGACAGAUCUUCAUACUUCAAUUGUCCAAGAAGUCAAAAAAUAUGUCAAAACUUUGCCCUAUCUUGGCAUUCCUGACCUUGCCAUGACCAUCAUGAAACUUCCUGUCUUCUAUAAGCAGAGGGACCUCCUCUUCUAUCCUUCUUGGGCAUACUCUCUACCAACAUGGAUACUUAAGAUCCCAAUAACCUUCCUUGAAGUUGCCGUUUGGGUAGUCAUGACUUAUUAUGUCAUAGGAUUUGAUCCCAACAUUGAACGGUUUUUCAAACACUUUCUUUUACUCCUAUGUAUUAACCAGAUGGCAUCUGGACUGUUCCGAUUGAUGGGGGCAUUAGGGAGAAAUAUCAUUGUUGCGAACACAUUCGGGUCUUUCGCUUUACUUGCAGUUCUUGUUUUAGGUGGAUUUGUUUUAUCACGAGAUAAUAUACAGAAAUGGUGGGUGUGGGGUUACUGGAUCUCUCCAAUGAUGUAUGCACAGAACGCUAUAGCUGUCAAUGAAUUUCUUGGAAAAAGUUGGAGACAUGUUCCUUCUAAUUCAACAGAGCCAUUGGGAGUUUUAGUCCUGGAGUCUCGAGGGGUAUUCACAGGAGCACAUUGGUAUUGGAUUGGAGUUGGAGCAUUAAUUGGAUACAUUUUGCUUUUCAAUUUCCUAUUCACGUUGGCCCUCAAAUAUCUUGAUCCAUUUGGGAAGCCUCAGGCCGUAUUAUCCAAAGAGGCCUUGGCUGAGAAAGAAGCUAACAGAAGUGGUCCAAGUAGAGAGUUCAUUGAGUUACCAUCAAGAGAAAAGAGCUUUUCUGAUAGAGGGAACGAAAGUCGAAGAAGUGUAUCAUCCAGGACCUUGUCUGCAAGAGUGGGCAGCAUUAAUGACGCUAAACGCCGGGGCAUGGUUCUUCCUUUUGAACCCCUUUCUAUCACAUUUGAUGAAAUCAGAUAUGCUAUAGACAUGCCACAGGAAAUGAAAGCUCAGGGAGUUCCUGAGGAUCGGCUGGAACUCUUGAAGGGUGUGAGUGGUGCUUUUAGGCCAGGAGUCCUCACUGCUCUAAUGGGUGUGAGUGGUGCAGGCAAGACUACUCUAUUGGAUGUGUUGGCGGGAAGGAAAACUGGUGGAUAUAUUGAGGGAAGCAUCACUAUAUCUGGGUAUUCCAAAAGGCAAGAAACAUUUGCCCGCAUAUCAGGAUACUGCGAGCAAACUGACAUCCACUCUCCUCAUGUGACAGUCUAUGAGUCUUUGGUUUAUUCUGCAUGGCUUCGGUUACCACCUGAGGUUGACUUCGCAACCAGAAAGAUGUUCAUUGAGGAAGUUAUGGAGUUGGUGGAGCUGAACUCACUAAGAGAAGCCCUUGUUGGAUUGCCCGGCGUGAAUGGUCUAUCGACGGAGCAGCGCAAAAGGCUGACAAUCGCAGUUGAGCUUGUUGCCAACCCAUCUAUUAUAUUCAUGGAUGAACCGACCUCUGGUCUUGAUGCCAGGGCAGCAGCAAUAGUGAUGAGAACAGUGAGGAACACAGUAGACACAGGUAGAACUGUGGUGUGCACCAUCCACCAGCCCAGCAUUGAUAUAUUUGAUGCUUUUGAUGAGUUAUUUCUCUUGAAACGGGGUGGUGAAGAGAUAUAUGUAGGUCCAUUAGGCCGCCAUUCUUCCCAUUUGAUCAACUACUUUGAGGGAAUUGAUGGAGUUCCUAAGAUUAAGGAUAAAUACAAUCCUGCUACUUGGAUGUUGGAGUUUACUUCAGCAGCACAAGAAGUAGCUCUUGGGGUGAACUUUACUGACAUAUACAAGAACUCAGAAAUUUACAGGAGAAACAAGGCCUUGAUCGAGGAAUUAAGUACACCUCCGCUAGGUUCAAAUGACUUGUACUUCCCUACACAAUACUCACAGCCUUUCUUUACCCAAUGUAUGGCUUGCCUAUGGAAACAACAUUUGUCAUAUUGGCGGAACCCACCAUACACUGCAGUCAGACUCCUAUUCACAACUUUCACAGCUUUAAUGUUUGGGACAAUAUUCUGGGAUAUUGGCUCCAAAAGGCGAAACCGACAAGAUCUUUUUAAUGCAAUGGGCUCCAUGUAUGCCGCCGUGCUCUUCCUUGGGGUACAAAAUGCCUCAUCGGUGCAGCCAGUUGUGGCCAUUGAGAGAACAGUCUUUUACAGAGAAAGAGCAGCUGGAAUGUAUUCUGCUUUGCCAUAUGCCUUUGGACAGGUUGUUAUUGAGCUUCCUUACAUUUUUGUUCAGACCCUAAUCUAUGGGUUCAUAGUGUAUGCCAUGAUUGGGUUUGAUUGGACAGUGAGCAAAUUCUUUUGGUAUAUCUUCUUCAUGUACUUCACCCUAUUAUACUUCACUUUCUAUGGCAUGAUGGCUGUGGCUGUUACUCCAAACCACAACAUUGCUGCUAUAGUUUCCUCAGCCUUUUAUGGAAUCUGGAAUCUUUUCUCAGGAUUUGUCAUUCCCAGAACAAGGAUGCCAAUUUGGUGGAGAUGGUACUAUUGGGCUUGUCCUGUCUCUUGGACCUUGUAUGGAAUGAUUGCUUCACAAUUUGGAGACAUUGAUGACAAAUUUGAUUCUGGUGAGACUGUGGAAGAUUUUUUGAUGAGUUAUUUUGGGUAUAGAAAUGACUUUGUGGGUGUUGUUGCAAUUGUGAUAGUUGGAAUUUCAGUGUUCUUUGGAUUCACCUUUGCCUAUUCAAUCAAGGCAUUUAACUUCCAAAAAAGAUGA